AUGACUAAAGUAUCAAAUGUUUCAAAAGAAAGAAUUUCCGGAAAUUUCGACAUAUUAAACGAAUUCACGGUUGAAAAUAUGGGCACAAAUGAAAAUGAACAAACCACGUCACAAAGUAUCAAAAACACUUUGGAUUGCGAGGAUGCUCUUGAAGUUAGUUCUGCAUUAAUUGUAUCUCAAAAAGAUCACGAUCCGGGUUUUUUUAUCACCCCCACUUUAAACACGAUUCAAAGUGAUGUAGCAGAGGUGCCGCAAACAGGCCCAUUUACUAUGAGUGAAAAUAUCUGUUUUCACUUGUAUCAAUGUUAUUUGCACUCAAAGUUUUGCGACAUCGAACUUCGAGUACCUUACGUUCAAGAUAAUUCCAUCAAAGUUCAUGCAAUUAUUUUAUCUCGCUCUCAAUACUUGAAAAAAUUAAUCGAGACCGAUGGACCUGUCAUUGUAAUGGAGGUUAAUGACCCUAACAUGAAUCAAGAAGCAUUGUAUAUUUGUAUCGGCCAUCUAUACACGCCUCAUUAUAACUGUGUCACAUCUUCCAAUGUGCGCUAUGUCUUAGCCACCGCUUAUCAUUUUGAGCUGAAGGAUUUGUGCGACUUUGCUAGAGAUUUUAUAAAGAAUAUCCUGAAUCCAUACAACGUUUUAGUUAUUGGACAAUGGAUAGAAAACAGCAUUACAUAUGGUGAAUAUUCUGACGAAAUUAAACAUUCUAUUUUCAACUAUUUGGCCGUGAGCUUACCUACGGAUUUAAAAGUUUUUCCGGAAAAAAGCAUAUAUCAAAUAAUGAAAGAUGGUAUUGGAGAUAUUGAUCCAUCAUUCCCUAACCCUGGAUAUCACAAACUUGUGGACAUUUAUGCACUUUUACC